UAGAAUCAGAAUUCAAAACCAUUCAAGAUCGAUGUCUUGUAGAUUUUGAUUUAGGAUUCAUUAGGAUGCAUGAUUUGAUUCGAGACAUGGGAAGAGAAAUUGUGCGGGCAGAAUGUGCUAUGGAACCUGGAAAACGUAGUCGAUUAUGGCAUCAUGAAGACGUAACAAGCGUGUUAAGAGACGAAUCUGGAACGGAAGCAAUUAGAGGGCUAACUUUAGAGUUGCCAGAAAAUUCUGAUGAGCAUCCCUUCCGGACAAAAGCAUUUAAGAAGAUGCGGCAUCUGAAAUUUCUCCGACUCAAAAAUGUAAAGCUCACUGGAAGCUACCGUCAUCUUUCCAAGGAGUUAAGAUUAUUGCGUUGGCAGGGAUUUCCUCUAGAGGUCAUACCCGAUGAUUUUGAUUUACGAAACUUAGUUCUUAUUGACUUGAGGUACAGCAAGCUUGUCCGAGUUUGGGAGGAUUCCGAUCUGUUGCCGAAGAAGUUGAAGGUUCUUUAUCUCAAUCAUUCCCGUAACCUGACUCAAUUACCAGACUUUUCAAAACUCCCACAUCUCGAGGUUUUGAGCCUCUACGGCUGUAAGAGUGUGUCUUGGGGUUACCAUUUAUUUGCACAGUUGCAGAUGCUUCAGUAUUUAGGUCUUGAAGACUGCAAUAUAACGGAUGAUGCCAUUCUUGAAAGCCUUCGGAGUCUAUCUUCUUUAAGGAUUUUAACACUAGAGGGAAAUGGUUUUAAUAGGCUACCCAUCCUCAGUGGCCUUUCCCAGCUUACAUCUUUGUUUCUAAAUCAUUGCACAAACCUUCAGGCAAUCCCAGAUUUGCCUACAAGUUUGCGUAGACUGGAAGCGAAUUACUGCACUGAACUGGAAAUAAUGCCCGGCCUUCCAGAGAUGUCGAAAAUGGUUGGAUUGCAACUGAAAAACUGCCGCAAACUCAAAGAUAUUCCAAACCUGGAUAACUUCUUGUGCAACAUGUAUACCCUUCAUAUGGAAGGGUGCGCCAGUCUCACUGCUACUUUUAAGGAGAACAUCCUAUUGAAAUGGGAGGGGUAUACAAUUGAUGGACUUUCUCUCUCUGUAAAUGAUAUUCCUCCCUGGUUACCCUAUGUCGCGCGAGAGGAUGAAACUGUCGAAAUUGAAGUGCCGCCUACUUUUGAUUACAUAGGAAGGUUGGUUGUGUGCAUCAUUUAUUCUUCGGACAACUCAAACUGUACUGGAUCCCUAUGCAUUCAUGUUGUUAAUCGUACCCAGCGAACACGUUUUCUCAUUUGGCCAAUGGUGACCACCGUAACUGCUUCCCAUGAAUGUUAUCUUUGGCUGGGAAAUCUUACAAACAAGAAGCUCAAUCUGAAAGGUGGCGACAAGGUUCGUGUGCAUGCAGACUUUAAUGAGUCUGAUGAAGAUACUGAUGAGGAAGAGGACUAUCAGACUGCACCAUAUGAGUCUGAUGAGGAAGAGGACUAUCAGACUGCACCAUAUGAGUCUGAUGACUACGAUAAAGAGUUAAGCGAUUACUCAUCUGAUGAGGUCCAACCUUGCAAAAGAUUUGAGUUUAUCAGAUCUCAAUAUCGAAAGCUUUGACGAUGAAGAAGAAACAAUUGGGAAAUGAAAGAAAGCAUUCCAAAGUGUCUUUUUUAGAAAGUACUUGAAUUUUUAAUAAGAGUUUCAAUGUGGGUAUAAUAAAAGCACUUUUAGCUAAAGCGUUUUUAGCGAAGCAAUGCUAAACGAGUUCUUAAUUAAACAUAUAAGUAGCUUAUUUUCUUAUCAAAUAAAUUAAUGAUUUUUUAUUUGAUUCA